AUGCUGAGAAUUGUUCCAUCGCUUUUCAUUCGCAACUUUGGGGACGGUUGGUCUCUACUGAGUCUUGAUGUGUCUGACGCUUUCUUGCAGUGCAAGCAACAGCAUGAUACCUUGACAAAAGUUGAUGGAAAAUGGUAUAAACUUUUCCGAAUGCUGCCUGGGCAACGGGACGGAUCUGCUACCUGGUUUCAAGAUUUUAUGUGUGAAAUCCGCGCAGCUGUUGCUGCUGAGCCAUUGGCAGAGCAGCCAGUGUUGUUUCGCAUUCCACAUGCGGAAGGCAACCACAAGUGCCAAGGAGGUGGAAUGGUGCAUGUAGACGACAUGCUUGCGGCAGGAUUGACCGCACGCCUUCAGGAGCUUGAGAAUCACUUGAAGUCAAAGUUCAAAGUGUCCAGUGAAUGGAUCCGCCAAGUAGGUGACGAGGUUUCCUUCUUGAAGCGGCGACUGAUCCUAGUCAGCCCCAAUUUGCUGGUUGUUGAGCCUGAUAUCAAAUAUCUUGAGAAACUCUUGAAGAUCACUGGACUAGAUGGUGCCAAGGAGCGGUACAAGGCGGCCCCGUUCCCGACUGGAGGCCUGCCGACAGACCUUUCAUCGGACCGCGAGCUGAACUCAGAGUCAGCAUCAAAGUAUCGCUCAGCACUUGGACUGAUCUGCAAUCGCGUGUCUGAGCAGAAAACUUCUACCCUCGAAAUGUUCUCAGACAGUGACUGGUCCGGGGAUAAGAAGACGCGCAAGUCCGCUGAGUACAACUCCCUGGUUGCUGGUGCGGCAACUGCCAUCCUCCUUAAGAAUUGCGUCAUACACUUGUCGCUUGGGAAUCGCCAAGGAGUCGGACGGACUCGCCACAUCGACGGAAAGCUGUUGUGGCUUCAGCAGAUGACUCAGGAAAAGAUGCUGGACAUUUCACCGGUUGGAACCGCAGAGAAUGUUGGUGACCUUCCCACGAAGCCGCUAAAGCCAGAGAGAGUUGAGUUCAUCCUUGCACGGUUGAAUGUUCGUGACAAGGAUUGCGGCUAUGCCUUGGUUGGGAACGCCCAUUUGCUUGAUCACAGGACGCGACAUCAUGUGAGUCGCAUUGUGAAGCGAGGAGCAGUCAACCCACAGCUUGUGCUUCAGAUCCUUGCAUUGGCUUUGCAAGCAGAUUCUGUCGCCAGUGCCGAUGAUGAGCCCAAUACGCAUCGCGAUGACGCCUUGAGCCAGGGGACUGGCGAGCACGGUUACGGGGAUGGCGCUUGGAAAUCGGCCACCACGGCGGCAUAUCCUUCGGAUUUCGCUGCUUUCUUCGCACGUCUUUCCUUGAGUGCUGUUUCUGAAUUGAGGGCCGUGGCCGAUUCCGAUUUGAUCCCGAUCAACAUUCCUUCUUCGGCGGAGGCCUUUGCCACGGAGUGUAUUGCGCGCGGUGCUUUUGAUCGCGCCUCUGUUCAGAUUCUUUUCGACUUACUUCCCAAGACUCGGCCCCACAAAGUCACAGGCAGCGCCGAACCUGGCACCGCUUUCUUUGGAGGUACUAUGCAUCAGGAGGGUGUCACUGCACCGCGAUCCACUUGUUACACAUUCCCCGAAGCCAUGCGUGUGAUCAAUGCUUUCCUUCGUUCGGUGGACCCGUGCCAUCAUUAUGCCGCCUUUGUUCUCACAAAGAACGUCAGCAGUGAGGUUCAUCGUGAUCCGCGGAACGCGGCAGUGCCCAACAUGAUUGAUUGUGGCGAUUUCUUCAUUUUCGAAUGGUGGUAUUUGGAUUCAGGAUCCUUCCGGUACCACAGUGCGCUCCUUUCAUGGCUCGCCCGUCACGGGCACUGUGCACUCUUUACAGGACGGACUCUGCUUUUCUGGCUUCACUGGGCUUUCCUGUCUUGGAUUCCUCUCCUGCGGGGGGGGAGGCUCAAGCGGAAUCCUUCGAUGCCCCAGGCAAAUCCACCUUGGCCGCGCGCGGCAGUGGCGGGGAUGGACAAGUCAGGGGCCGGAGGUGCCCAGGAGGUGCCAGUGGGGGUCGACCAUGCAGCCAGGGAAGCGUUUGACCCCAAGACCAGUCGCGCUUUCGGGCAACCCAUGCAGGAGUUUGUGGACGGCUUUGGGCUGUGCUCGCCUGGCCGUUGGGCUCCUGAGGCGAGGGAAAAGCUGGCAUCGAGUGAUGAAGUCGCACAUGCUGAGAAAAUUCGUGGACUGCUAAGACUGCUAAGAGAUUUUGUGAUUGAUCAGCUGAAGGAUCCCAAGGACAUGGCUUUUCGGCUUGCGACGGGCCAUGUGAAGAAGUCUCCAUUCGCGCAGUCGGCAUUGCAGAAGCUGAGGCAGAGAAUCGUCGACAUCAUCCCGGGGGUGAACAAGCAGCUCACACUGCAGUGGAGGCCGAGGGAUGAGAACACCUUGUCUGACGCUAUCACCAAUCACGAUUUCUCGAGUUUCUGUCCGGAGCUGAGGGUUCCCUUGAAGCUUGACGAUCUGCCGCUUGACAUUUUCCGUCGGAUGAUUCAUUCCAGGGAGGCCUUCGUGAAUGCACGCGUCAGCUUACAACACCUGGUAUCAAGAGAGACUUCGAUGUCGCGUCGUGAGAAGGAGCAGAGCAAAACACCUUGGUGA